CAUAAAUAAUGAUUCAUCAACACAGAAUCUAUUUAGAACCUUCGAGAUUUGAGAUUUCGCAAGUAAUUCGGUGGGCUUGAAAAAACAAAAAUGAAAUAGGAACAAUUUUACUAAUCUAAUAGAUUACUUUAUGUUAGAAAUGAUAUCACUUAUUGCAUUAACUCAAUUACGAUAAAAUUUAUCUAGAUAUUGGCACGAAUUCUUAAAAAAAUUCGUGCCAAUAUUAAUUUGUCGUGUUGUUUAUACAAUUUCAUGAGAUGCAGCAGCAGCAGCAGUAGUUCGUUUGAGAACCCAAUUUUUGUCCAUUCGUCUAAUGGUAUAGCCAACAAAGCACUGCAGGAAAUUCGAAAUUCUGGAGUAAUCGCUUGCCUUCGAGCUCAAAAUGCAGACCUGGCUAAUCGAGCUGCACGCGCUGCAUUGGAUGGUGGAAUUUCAGCUCUGGAAAUUGUGGUGUCCACUCCAGAUGUUUUUGAGGUGAUAAGAGACCUAGUACAUGAUUAUCCAGCAAAAACUUUUGGAGUUGGAACAGUAUUACAGGCUAAAGAUGCCAAAGAUUCUAUAAAGGCUGGAGCUAAGUUUCUUAUGAGUCCUGCAACAGUUAUGGAUAUUCUAGUUGGUGUCUCAGAGAGUGAUAUUCUAUAUAUACCUGGUGUAAUGACCCCCACGGAGAUAUUAUCUGCUUUCAGUGCUGGUGCCAAGAUUGUCAAGGUUUAUCCCGUCUCUGCACUGGGUGGUGUUGGGUACAUUUCAGCUCUGAAAAAGCCUUUUUCUCAUAUCCCUAUGGUUGCAUCACAAGGCAUAACAAUAGAUUUGAUUGGGCAAUACAUUGGUCAGGGAGCAUCAGCAGUUGUUCUAUCCGAUGCCAUAUUUGACAAAGAGGCAAUGAGUCAACAGAAUUUCGAUAAAAUAUAUCAACUUGCAAGCCAUUCAGCUUUGCAGGGUAAACAAGCUGUUGAAAGGUUAGAAUGUUAGGUGCUAAUGCAUCUUUCGAUUUGUUAAAACCUCAUGGAACUGCAGGGGUUCAUGAGAAACGAGAAAUCAGAUUAAGCCAUCCGUCAUCCUGCUUUAAGUUUGGAAAAAUUAACUGUGCUGGUUCGAGUAAGGGAGAGUUAUACACCUUUAGUGAGCCUCAGAGUGAGUCUAGAUCAGUCGGAGCAGUGGACUUUGGAUAUCAGAUGGUUUCACCGAAAACAAAAGCUGUGUUGGUUAGUUCAUAUGUCACCGAUUUACAGUCAGUUGCAACAUGUUGUGUAUAUGUGGCAAAGGGUGCAGACAUGCCAGAUUACAAGCAAUUGCAGCUUCGGUGAGGAAGAAGAUUGCUACUCUGAAUUUGUUUGCAGAGUCGGAGAAAAAGGAAAUUGUGAACGAAGUUCUUGUUUCGACUGAACCUCUGUUAACUGAUGAGGACUACAAUGUUCGUAUUAUAGGUAGAGAAAUCAUAUCUGAUCUUAUCAAAGCUGCUGGUAUUGAUGCUAUGAUUCAUGUAACGCGCCUCAAUAUUGACAGUCCUAACGAACAUAUCAGGAAUGCAGCUGCUCGAUCUCUUAGCAUCGCUGCAUCUGCAUUAGGUAUUCCUGCUCUGCUUCCAUUCCUCGAAGAAAUUUGUUUUCAGAUGGAAUCAUGGGAGGCUCGUCAUACAGGUGUUAUGAUUGUUUACCACAUUACUGUUCUUAUUGGUUCCGCGAAUCUUCUUCCAUAUUUGAGUUAUUUGAUGGAAAUCAUUGAACCUCGUCUUAAAGAUGACAUUGAGAAAAUAAGGGAUGUUACAAAUGUUGCCAUGGAUGGUCUUGCUACAGCUGCUACACUAUGGUAUUGAGAGUUUCGUUGGGAUUUUGCCUGAUUUUCUAAGAGGAAUAGUUUGAAAAACGGUUUUUAUUUAUCAUAAAUAACACAAUAGUAUAUACAAUAUAGAUGUUGAAUUUUUCAUAUAUAUUAUAUAUUAGUUUUUGAAAUAUGUAGGUCAAUUGACCAACUUAUAAAAUUUUCAUUAUCGUAUGAUUUAUCGCUGA